AGAGAGGGAAAGGGAGAGAGAGAGAGAGAUAGGGAGGGAGGGAGAGAGAGAGAGCGAGAGCAGUGACUGAGGAACACAUUUUCAUCCAAACCUCUCCGUUUUUUCCAGAGCCUGUCUCUGCUCCGCGGCUCAGUGCAGCUCCCUAUUGUUUAAACUGGAAGGAGGAAGGAAAAAAAAACAACAAAACAUUCGGCUUGUUCUCUUAUCGCAGCCAGUUGAGUCAUUUUUUUUUUUUGAUCUGAUGCUCGAUUUUCGCCGCUCUGAAUGCUGUAUUCAUUGUCAACUUCUCCGAUUUCUCCACUUAGACUUGAGCUGCAUCAUGAAUAGUUUGGGGGCACCUUUCAAUCGCAUACCUCUGGAAUGGUGGGGAUUACACAGCCGAAACCCGGAGAGCAUGUAAACGCAGAUGGAGUUUGGGAUUUAUUGCAAAAUAAGGGAAAGAUGACCGUCUUCUCAUUGUGCUUGCUCUUGUGCGCAGAUCUACUGGAUUUAGCCGUCGGAUAUUUGACAGUUACCAUAGAGCCCCUGCCUCCUGUUGUCGUGGGAGAGACUGUUACUCUCAAGUGUAACUUCAAAACUGACGGAAGGCUUCGAGAGAUUGUUUGGUACAGGGUCACAGAUGGAGGAACCAUCAAGCAGAAAAUCUUCACCUAUGAUGCUAUGUUUAAUACCAAUUACUCUCACAUGGAGGAUUACCGCAGACGCGAAGACCUUGUGUACCAAUCAACUGUCCGGCUCCCAGAGGUGCGGAUAUCAGACAACGGGCCUUAUGAAUGCCAUGUGGGCAUCUAUGACCGGGCAACAAGGGAGAAGGUUGUCCUGGCUUCAGGGAAUGUUUUCCUUACUGUUAUGUCACCUCCAAACAACAUAUCAGUGGUGGCAGAGAAUACUCCAGCCCCAUUCAGUCGAUACCAAGCCCAGAAUUUCACUCUCGUCUGCACUGCAAAGGGAGGAAAACCAGCCCCAUCGGUGUACUUCAAACGUGAUGGCGAGCUGAUAGAGGUGAUCUCCUACACUCAACCCUCCACCAGUGAGCAGGGAGGCGGCUCAGCGGGGGUGAGAGGAGCUAGGCCGCUCAUCAGCAGGGACCUCGAUGACACUAAGCUGCAGCGGUCACUCUCUCUUCUGGAUCCCGAGGGGCGGUCGGCCCGACUGUAUACAGAGAGCCCCCAGCGCGUCCACACUCAGGGCCAGCAGGCCUACGAGCCAAGCCCUGCAACAGAGGUCAUCCCAGAAACAGUGGUGAGCCGGGAGUUCCCCCGCUGGGUGCACAGCACAGACCCUCUCUACUACUUCAGCCACACUCACAUCCCUCAGAGCGACGGCUCUGUGGUGGUGCAGGCCCGACUCACCUGGACCCUCAACCCUCAGCUAGAUAAUGACGCCCUGUUCAGCUGCGAAGUCAAGCACCCAGCACUGUCUAUGCCCAUGCAGACAGAGGUCACCCUGGCUGCUCCUAAGGGUCCUAAACUCUUGAUGUCCCCCAGUAGGGCAAAGGUAGGGGACACAGUGCGCAUCACUGUGCAAGGAUUCCAGAAUGAGGUGUUCCCAGAACCUCUCUUCACCUGGACACGGGUGGGGGGCCGCCUGCUGGAUGGCAGCACCGAGCGAGAGGGGAAGGAGCUGAUUUUGGAGAGAGUGCCAGCUGAGCUCAAUGGCUCCAUGUAUCGCUGCACGGCCCAGAAUCCUCUGGGCUCCACGGAUACGCACACUCGCCUCAUAGUCUUUGAAAAUCCAAGCAUGAUGAAAAACACACAGAAUCAGAACAAUGGAGCCUCCCGCACGGACGUGCUCGGACUAACGUGGAUGGCACUUGUCCUCACAGUGACAGUGGAACUGACGUGAAACCGCUCAUCCAAGACACUCUCACACACAUACUUUCCCUUGUUACACAACAUCCACAUAUCCACAAAUGCACACACACACACACACGCAGAUACACACACUUUCCAAAAUCCUGCAAGCCUUCUCCAGUCAUAAACAGACCCUCCAUGCGUCAGUCGAUCAGGAAACUGCGCCACCACAGGAUGGCGCUCCACUGUUUUUGUAACAAAAUAAUAACCAAGAUUAUGAUAUCAAAAGAAGAACGUGACGAACAUGACAAUAACCACCUCCUAUAUAGCCCUGCCCAGUUACACCUUUUUUUGUUUCUUGUCCCACGUCUGCCUGUUGAUCAAUAAAAUCAGUUGAUUUAAAACAGAAAAGAUAAAAGCAUUUGGAUUUUAUUUUGAUGAGUCGAAAUGUCAUUGGUGUUGACUGAAAUGUGAAAAGUGGAACUGGCUUAGGCUGCGCCACCAUGUCAACCACACCCAUCUGUUACAUGUCCUGGGAUGCACCUGAUUAGCAACACGCUGAUAAACCAUGGGGAAACAAACAGACGUCCCAAGAGAACAUUCUUUUUUUAUUAAUAUACAGGUAUUCCUUUUUUUCCUGAUGGCUCGGAAUGUACAAGAGGAUUUAAAUGCAUUGAGAAACUAGAAAAAAAAUCUCCUUUUUGAGUGUAUUUUGUGUACAUCAGUGUAAAUAUUGAAAAUAAUUAAAGAAGUUAUAUGGGAUAUGGUGAGGAAUGGUUGCUGAGAUAGUUGGAGUUUACACUUCUUCACCUUUGUUUGUACUUCAUUCAACACUGUUUUAGGAGAUCAUUCUUGGCUGAAAGGACAGAAACAUUAACAGCCUUUCUGUUUCUCAUUUGGGCUUUUUAUAUCUAUAUGGCAGAUCUCCAAGGCCAGAGUAAAAAAAAAAAAAAAAAUUAUCGAACAUAUGUCUGCUGUUUUGGGGUUGUGGUGCAUGUGACGUUUGAAAAUUCUUUCUCCUUUUGGUGUGUUGCAAUUGACAGCACUGCAACUCAUUGUCACUGGCCUGUAAUCCAGUUAUUUACUUGUGGCAUACUAUCUUAAGUGACCUACAUUGUGUACAAUACGUAACUCUUACCCACACAUUUACAGUACUAGUAGGAUCAUUUUAGCCGCCAUUCCAGGGAGGUGCUCACCUGAGGCAGCGUGUGUAAAACAGGGUUGUUGCAUUUGUUUCAUUUCACCUGUAUUAAAAUGGAAAGAUGAUAAAACUCACAAGACUUGACUUUACUUA